GGGGUGGCCCUGACCAUAUUUUGUAUUUUGUGCACAUUUCCUCGGCCUGACCAAGCCCAAGGGAGCUUUCUUUUACCUUGACUCACUCCUACUUUUAUCAUGUGGCGUACUUCAUAAACAGCAUGGAUCACUCAGCGGCCUUGCUUCUAUCAGUGGUGACUUCACUUGAGUUCUAUGACGAAAACCGGAGAAUUUUCCCUAUACAUUAAAACAUAUGGAGUUUUGUGAACUCACGGCCACUCCAACGAAGAGAAUUCCGCCCCUGUGUUCACCAGACAACAGCAAUCCGGAUUCGACCUCCAUGACCAUUCAGAGGAAAGCCUGGAAGCUCUGCUAUGACUACCUCCAAGGCUCGUGGAAGCAAAUCAACCCCGAGGAUGUGGUCUUACGACAAAUCAGUGGUGGUCUGACCAAUCUCAUCUACCACGUGUCCUUGCCCAAAAGCCUGAGACCCAAACCAGGCGAACCUAAGGAAGCUCUACUCCGUUUGUAUGGACAGAAAUACAAUGAGAAUGAUGUUCAGACCUCGUCCAAGGUGCUGGAGAAUGUGAUUUUUACCCUGUUGUCAGAGAAGAAUCUCGGUCCCAAGCUCUUGGGAGUGUUCCGGGAAGGCCGCCUGGAAGAGUUCAUUCAAGCGCGAUCCAUGACCCAAGAAGAAGUGCGGGAUCCUUACCUCAGUUGCCUUAUUGCCAAAAAGAUGUCCAAGAUCCAUCGCUUGAACAUGCCGAUCAAUAAGGAGAACCAAUGGUUGUUCUCGACCCUCCAUAAGUAUCAAGAUCAGAUCUCGUCCGUGACUCUUGAUGGAGUCUCACAAAGACAUUAUCAUCUGGCGGAAAAGCUGCUCUCGUUCAAUUUUCCAUCCGAAACAGAAUGGCUAAAGAAAUUUCUCUCCAAGUUUCACUCUCCCAUUGUGUUUUGUCAUAAUGAUAUCCAAGGGGGGAAUAUUCUUCUUCGACGAGGCCCCAAAUUCAAGGAGGAUGAGAAGCUCCUGCUCAUCGACUUUGAGUUCGCGGACUACAAUUUCCGAGCCUUCGACUUGGCCAAUCACCUGUGCGAGUACAUGUACGACUAUACCAAUGAGGACUACCCAUUCUAUUAUUGUCUGAGAAAGAAUUUUCCGACCAGGCAGAGACAGAUGGAGUUCUUUAGUGCCUAUUUGAGCACGGACGAGACUUUGGGCGUUUCCACCUCAGGCUCCUCUCUUGGCCUUCCCUUCCAAGAUCGGCUUCGUGAGCGAGCCAAUUCGGCCGGUGCGGGCCCCGCCUCCGCCUCUCCGCCCAAGAAGAACCCAGGCAAACGGGUUCGUCACUUGUCUUGCCAACAACAAUCCGAGAUCCUGUUCCACGAAGUCCAAGCCUUCCUUUUGGCGCCUCAUCUACUUUGGUGCAUGUGGAGCAUCAUCCAAUCCACGAACACUAAGAUUCCAUUUGGAUAUUGGAGCUACGCGUCCGACAGGAUGGAGGAUUACAUCUCGCAUAAGAAUGCCAUUUUGGCCAUGACUGACCCCAUUCUUGGGAUUGGGCAAAAACGAACUCUCCAUGAGAACUGAGCCCCCAUACCAACAUACCAUCCAUAAUGCAAGCACGUGGUGUGAGCAAACUUGGGAUGGCCGGAGAUUCUCUUGGCAUCUUGGCUCUCACCAACGUGAUUUCUUCCCGUGCAUUGUUGCUGAAAUCCUGCAUUUCUUUAUGACCCAAUGUGUGCACUUAUUGUCUUACCGGCUAUUUUUAUAGUUUUCUUUAUCUUCUGAAUAAAGAUUCGUGACGAUCUCGA